AUGUGUGAAUGUAAAAAGACCUUUAGGAGUAAGGAAAGACUUAAAGUACAUCAGAGAGUUCAUACUGCAGAGAUGCUUUAUGAAUGUAAGCAGUGUGGGAAGACUUUCACAUUCAACUCACAGCUUAUUCAACAUCAAAAAAUUCAUACUGGAGAAAAACCUUAUAGAUGUAGGGAAUGUGGAAAGGCCUUCAUAAGAAAGGCACAUUUAAUUGAAUGUGGGAAGGCCUUCAGGACAAAAGCAGGUCAUACUGAGCAUGAGAGAAUUCAUACUGGAGAUCAACCUUGCAAAUGUAAUGAAUGUGGGAAGACCUUCACGCGUAACUCAAAACUUAAACUGCAUGAGAGAAUUCAUACUGCAGAGAAACCUCAUGCAUGUGGUGAAUGUGGAAAGGCCUUUAAGAGUAAAACACAAUUUACUGUGCAUCAGAAAAUUCAUAUUGGAGACAUUCUUUUUGAAUGUAAGGAGUGUGGGAAGGCUUUCCUGUAUAAGUCAGAACUUAUUCGACAUCAAAGAGUUCAUACUGGAGAGAAACCUUAUGAAUGUGGUCAAUGUCAGAAGGCUUUCCAGACAAUGGCAUCUCUUACUGUGCAUCAGAAAAUUCAUUUUGGAGACAUUGUUUAUGAAUGUAAAGAAUGUGGGAAGGCUUUCCUCUACAGCUCAGAUCUUACUCGACAUAAAAAAAUUCAUACUAGAGAGAAACGUUAUGAAUGUAGUGAAUGUGGGAGGGCCUUCAGGAUUAAGUCAGAGCUUACUGUGCAUCAGAGAAUUCAUACUGGAGAGAACCUUUAUGAUUGUAAGGAGUGUGGGAAGGCUUUCCUCUACAACUUUCAGCUUAUUCGACAUCAAAAAAUUCAUACUCGAGAAAAACCUUAUGAAUGUAGGGAAUGUGGAAAGGCCUUCACAAGAAAGGCACAUCUUAAUGUGCAUCAGCGAAUUCAUAUUGUAAUUUCCUUUUUGAAUGCCUUUGGGACAAAAGCAGGUCAUACUGGGCAUCAGAGAAUUCAUACUGGAUAUCAACCUUGCAAAUGUAGUGAAUGUGGGAAGACCUUCAUGCGUAACUCGAAACUUACAAAAAUUCAUAUUGGAGACAUUCUUUUUGAAUGUAAGGAGUGUGGGAAGGCUUUCCUGUAUAAAUCAGAACUUAUUCGGCAUCAAAGAGUUCAUACUGGAGAAAAACCUUAUGAAUGUGAUCAAUGUCAGAAGGCUUUCCAGAGAAAGGCGUCUCUUACUGUGCAUCAGAAAAUUCAUUCUUGA